AUGGAUGCUAAAACAUCCCUCCACAACUCUUCUUUGGACGGAAUCAAUGUUAGAGCAAGUGGCUUUGAUGAGCCUCUCCACGCAGAGAACUCUAAGCUUGACCCUUACCACUUUGGAGACACUAAGGUUAAGGUUGAGAUAAGUCUGGAUUUCCCAUCGCCCUCUUCAAUGAUUGUGCGUGAUUCUCAGGGAUUCUCCGUUCGUAUUAACGCCAAGUAUCCACGCAGCCUUCCUCAGUGUAGCAACUGUGGGAAAUUUGGCCACUUGCUCCCUAAACCUUUGCAAAAGAAAGCCUUUCACAGAGAAGGGAACAUGUCAGGAAGUUUUCUACACUCAAGAAGCAAAGCUAAAGAAGUCUUAGUAACUGAGGACUUGAAUGCCGAAGCUUCAUGUUCUCAACAACAAGGGCCUCAGCUUGAAGAUGUUCCACCCCCUCUGUGCACCCCUGAGGCAUCUCGGGUGCUCGCCCUCCACUGUCUCCUACUUGAAUGGUGUCUCCAUGCUUCCUCAUAA